AUGGAGACUGAUUGCAAUCCUAUGGAGUUGCCCAAUAAUAUGGGGUUUGAAGAGGAUUCUGAUUAUAGGGACUUUGAAGGAACAGAUGUGAAAGACAUGAGACUAGAAGCCGAAGCUGUUGUGAAUGAUGUUCUCUUCGCUGUCAGCAACAUGUUUGUCUCAAAAACCCUUCCCUGUGCAGAGGAUGUGGCAUAUAUCAAUGUGGAAACUAGGGAAAGGAACAGAUACUGCCUGGAGCUAACUGAAGCAGGACUCAGGGUAGUAGCUUAUGAUUUUGACCAGACUGAUGACAGACUGCAAACUCCAUACCAUGAAACUGUCUACUCCUUAUUGGACUCUCUCAGCCCUGCGUAUCGUGACGUGUUUGGAAAUGCAUUACUACAAAGACUAGAAGCUUUGAAGAAAGAAAGUCAGUCAUGA